GUCAACAUCAUCGCAUUGAAACAUCAUCAAGCAAGGCAAGGCCGGCCGUGUGCUUAAUCGGUUCAACAUGUCGUCCAAUGGUCAUGGCCAGCCACCAUUCCCUCCCCCGCCGACAUUGCCACCUUUCCGCCCGAACUUCGCUCCUGGGAAUGCACCACCCCGCCCAGGUUACCACCCCCAAGGAUAUGGGCCGACCCCCUUCUCCCCAAACUUCUCGAAUGGGGGAUCCUCUCCGGCGGGGAUGGGAAGACCACCACCUCCCGGCUACCCCCCCAGAUCAUCUCACCCAGGCUUGGGCCACGGCCCAUCCGCUGGACUUCCGCAGCUCCAAGCCUACCCUCCUCCUGCGGCAUCGUCAGCUCCACCCAGUGUGAAUAAGGAUGUGCAGACCAUCAAGGUUUUCCUUGGGAGUAUCGCUCCUGGAAUCGGUGACUCGACGCUGAAAGAUCUUUUGAACGCAUGUGGACCUCUCCAUGAGCUCAUUAGAGUGGUCGGAGCCAAUGGCAAGCCUCAGGCUUUCGGUUUUGCCUCAUUUGAGAGUCCCGAGGCAGUCCUGCGCUGCAUCAGGUGUCUCAACGGCGUCGAGCUGCCUGAUCAAACUGCAUCUGGCCCACCAGAGCAACGACCACGCAAAGCCUUGACUGUCAAGGCAGACCAGAAGACUGCAGAGUUUCUUCAGGGUUUCGAGGAGACGUUGGGCCGCUCAGAUAGCGACGAGAAUGCCGAUGCUCAGGCCCGACGCUCCAUCGCCCAUAUUGUUGCGAUGUUGACAGAUCCGAAUGCGAUGCCUGGUGGACGUGUGUCCAAGAGUAAAAGUGGCCGGUAUUCACCGAUUCAGGUCAUCGUGCCAGCCCAUCUGCAGGACCUCAAAGAAGGUGAUCUGCCCGAGGCCCAACGAGUCGCAGUCUUGGAUCAGAUCGCAAUCUUUCGGGAGAAUGCGGCGAGGCGAGAGCGCGAGAAGAAGCUUCUCGAUGAUGAGAAAGAGAGGCAGAAGGCCGUGCAACCUCCAGGCUCAAGAAACAGCAACUCGUCGUAUGGGUACGGCCAGCGCGCCUUUGUUCCACCAGCAGCCGAAUCGAGCAGAGGAGACACCGUCGUGAGGUCUACCACUCAAGACCGCCGGGAGGAUCCACAGCGAUACAACGAGCCUGUCAACUUUGUGCGACCCGAAACUGCAGCCGGCAAAGGCGAAAGUGAACGAACGGACGAGGAGGAGGAGGCUAUUCGGAAGCAAAAGCAGGACCGCGAGCAAGCGUUGGCACUUAGAGAUCGCGAGCAUCGCGUAGAGAACCGUGAAAGGCAGCGCAUUGAAGCGGCGCUUCGAGAGGAGUCCAUCCGGCAACAGCGCACCGAUGCCGACGUUCGUGGAAAGCGCAGCGCGAUGGAGUACCUCACGGACUGGGACGAUGAUGACGUUGAAGAGCGAGCAAGGGACCUGUUUAUUAGUGACAGGGCGCAGUGGCGAUCUCAGCGGCAACAAAACCGCCAACGGGAAGACCAGGAAGACGUCGACGACCGUCGUCUGGAAAGCGAGGAGCUCAAAUCCCUCGAGGCAGAGUCCGAGGAUUUCCUGCAGAAGCAAAUGGCCGAGCUGGCGUCUCUCGAAGAACGGCAACGUCAAGCCGGCCUCCUCGCCGACGACGCUGCCCCAGUCAAGCUUGCGAUCGCUGCUCAGGCUGUGGCUGAGCCCAAGGAGACCAAACCAACUACCGCGCAACUCAACCCUCGACCCACUAUUGCCCUUGGUGACGAAGAUGACGAUGCCAGCGCUCAGAGGAAGAGGCGAGCCCUGGUGAAGCUGGAUUACGAGAAGGGCCUUGACGAGGCCGAGGAGGUGGCGAAGACUCGAGCUCGUCUGCUGGACAUCAGCAAGAACCUUCCCAGGAGCGUGGGGUCAAUCUUUGACAGUGUGAUCGAGUGGUCAGCUGUCCAGGCUUCUCCUGUAAGGGCAAAGAUCCAGAGCGUGAUUGAGCGCAAGAUCGCCGAUGUGCUCGGCGGAGCAGACCAAGAUCUCGCCGACUUUGUGAUUGACCACAUCACGCAACGCAAGGGUCCCGGGGAGCUUGUUGAUGAUCUCUCGGCUGUUCUUGCUGAUGAGGCUGAGGGCUUCGUCGCGCAGAUCUGGAGGCAGCUGUCGUUUGAGAUCAACCCGUCCAAACAGGAAGUGUCCCUCAAACCUGUCUUCAUCCCGACAUCCCAAGAAGUCAUCGGACGGUUCAAACCCUCCCGCGUGUUCAAGGAUGCCGUCGACAACUCUCAAAGUCAGGUGGCCGAAGCUUCAGGAUCACAGCCUCCUUCUCGUUCAUCUGCACCGCCGCUGCAUGUGACUAGUGUUGCUUUCGAUGACAUGGGCGAUCGCUGCGUCACUGCCGGGGAGGACGAUGUGUUCACGCUCUACGAUGCGCGCAAGGGCAAGUAA